CCCCUCUCUUUCCAGGCCAGCAGCAGGCAUGAGGAGCAGCAUUGGUGUUGCCAGGGCCCGGCGGGAGCCGCUGACCCUGCUGUGCAGCCUGUGGCUUUGGGGGGUGGCGGCGCAGCCCAGCACGCCCCCCCCCACGGCGCCCAGCCCCAGCCCCGGCACCCGGCUGCGCUUCCGCCUGGCCGGCUACCCCCGCAAGCACAACGAGGGGCGCAUCGAGGUCUUCUACAACCAGGAGUGGGGCACGGUCUGCGACGACGACUUCACGCUGGCCAACGCGCACGUGCUCUGCCGCCACCUCGGCUUCGCGGGCGCCACCGGCUGGGCCCACAGCGCCAAAUACGGCAAAGGCGUCGGGCGGAUCUGGCUGGACAAUGUGGUGUGCGGGGGCAGUGAGAAGAGCAUCGUGGCCUGCAAGUCACGGGGCUGGGGGAACAGCGACUGCACCCACGAGGAGGAUGCCGGCGUGGUCUGCAAGGACGAGCGCAUCCCCGGCUUCGUGGACUCCAACGUCAUCGAGACGGAGCAGAACCAGGUGGAGGAGCUGCGGCUGCGGCCCGUGGUGGCCAGCGCCCGGCGGCGGCUGCCGGUGACGGAGGGCAUCGUGGAGGUGCGCUACAAGGACAGCUGGGCCCAGAUCUGCGACGAGGGCUGGGACAGCCGCAGCAGCCGCGUCGUCUGCGGCAUGAUGGGCUUCCCGGCCGAGAGGAAGGUCAACAGGAACUUCUACAAGCUGUACGCGGAGCGCCAGCAGCUGAACUUCCGGCUGCACUCGGUGGCCUGCGCUGGCACCGAGGUGCACAUCUCCAUGUGUCCCUUCGAGUUCUACCGCGGAAACGCCACCACCGCCUGCAAGGGGGGGAUGCCGGCCGUCGUGAGCUGCGUGCCCGGGCCCCUCUUCGCCGCCAGCAGCCCCCGGGGCAAGAAGCGGCCGCAGCGGCAGCCAGGGCAGCAGCGGCUGCGGCUGAAGGGCGGCGCCAAGGUGGGCGAGGGCCGCGUGGAGGUGCUGCGGCACGGUGAGUGGGGCACCGUCUGCGAUGACCGCUGGAGCCUGCUGUCGGCCAGCGUCGUGUGCCGCGAGCUCGGCUUCGGCAGUGCCAAGGAGGCCCUGACCGGUGCCCGCAUGGGCCAAGGCAUGGGCCCGAUCCACCUGAAUGAGGUGCGGUGCACGGGCACGGAGGCGUCGCUGUGGAGCUGCCCCUACAAGAACAUCACAGAGGAGGGCUGCAAGCACUCGGAGGACGCCGGCGUCCGCUGCAACAUCCCCUACAUGGGCUACGAGACCACGAUUCGCCUGAGCGGGGGCCGGAGCCGCUUCGAGGGGCGGGUCGAGGUGGUGGUGGGGGCAGACGGCGAGGGGCACCCGCACUGGGGCCUCAUCUGCGGCGAAGGCUGGGGCACGCUGGAGGCCGCCGUGGCCUGUCGCCAGCUGGGCCUGGGAUUCGCUAACCAUGGCUUGCAAGAAACAUGGUACUGGGACGCCAGCAACGUGACUGAGAUGGUGCUGAGCGGUGUCAAGUGCGCUGGCCAUGAGAUGUCACUGAGCCACUGCCGGCAUCACAGCGGCCACGUCAACUGCAAGAACACGGGCACCCGCUUCGCCGCUGGCGUCAUCUGCUCCGAGACGGCCUCGGACCUGCUGCUGCAUGCGGCACUGGUGCAGGAGACGGCCUACAUCGAGGACCGGCCACUGCACAUGCUGUACUGCGCGGCCGAGGAGAACUGCCUGGCCAGCUCUGCCCGCCACGCCAACUGGCCCUACGGGCACCGGCGCCUGCUGCGCUUCUCCUCCCAGAUCCACAACUACGGCCGCGCCGACUUCCGCCCCAAGGCUGGGCGCCACUCCUGGGUCUGGCACGAGUGCCACGGGCACUACCACAGCAUGGACAUCUUCACACACUAUGACAUCCUCACGCCCAACGGCACCAAGGUGGCCGAGGGCCACAAGGCCAGCUUCUGCCUGGAGGACACCGAGUGCGAGGAAGACGUGGCCAAGAGGUACGAGUGCGCAAACUUUGGGGAGCAGGGCAUCACAGUGGGCUGCUGGGACCUGUACCGCCACGACAUCGACUGCCAGUGGAUCGACAUCACCGACGUCAAGCCCGGCAACUACAUCCUGCAGGUGGUGAUUAACCCCAACUUCGAGGUGGCCGAGAGUGACUUUACCAACAAUGCCAUGAAGUGCAACUGCAAAUACGACGGACACCGCAUCUGGGUGCACAACUGCCACAUCGGCGAUGCCUUCAGUGAGGAGGCCAACCGGCGCUUCGAGCAGUACCCGGGACAGCUGAACAACCAGGUCAUGUAGCGCCCACGGCUUGGCCCUGCCAGCAGAGACGACCCUGCCAGCACCAGCCGGCAGCCUGGGGCUGGACUGUGAGUGAACCACUGCCCCUCACUGCCCCCCCGCCUGGCCACAGGGCUAGGGCUGGCACUGGGGCUCCAUCAGCAGUGGGCAAAGGGGACGUGCCGGGACACCUGGCCACACAGAGCCGUGGGCCCAGCACUGGCAGCAGGCAAGGCCGGUGAGCCUCGGCAACACGGGCUGGGGCACAGCUAAAGCCAUCACCCGCCUCGUCCCCCCAGUGGACUCCUGGCAGGUGCCCCACGCGCCCUGGAGCAGGGCUGGCACCUCCAUGCACUCUGCAGGGACCACAGCUCAGGGACACGGUCUUCCCGGGCCCUGUGGCCCCUGGACCAGGCCCUGCUGCCCCACACGCCCCCAGCUCCUCAAUGUAAUUAUAUUUUCCCUAUAAAAUUGACUGUUUCCCAUG